AUGAGGGACUUGGGCUACUCGGGUCCCAAAUUUACUUGGUGCAACCGUCAGGAUCCAAGUGGCUAUGUGAAAGUCCGUCUUGACAGGGUUGUGGUGAACACUGAUUUUACUGAUUGUUUUGAUGGAUGUCAUGUUGAAAACAUUAUUGCCACAUCAUCUGAUCAUUAUGCUAUUCGAAUUGGUCUAUCUAGCUUUGUGAGAGAGUGUGAACAACGUCCGGUGCAACAGGGUUUCAAGUUUGAGGCCAUGUGGUUGCGCGCCACUGAUUAUAAGGACACUAUGGAGCAAGCUUGGGCCGUUGACAGAUCUAGCGAACUAUCUCUCCAAUCCACAUGGGAUAAUUUGCAGAACGUGGCUGCUUCCUUGAAGACUUGGAGCCGUGACAGUUUUGGUUCUGUUCGAAAGCAAAUUUCGAAGUUGGAAAGACGAUUGUUGUCUAUUAGGACUGCUCCAGCCUCGGAUGCAUCAAUCGUUGAGGAACGUAAUCUUGAGAAAAAUUUAUGUGAGCUAUUUGAACGGGAAGAGAUCAUGGAGCGUCAACGAUCCCGGAUUGACUGGCUUAAAGAGGGGGACCGGAACACCAGUUUUUUCCAAGCACGCGCCAAAGCUCGAAGACAUACCAAUAGAAUCCAAUGCCUUCAGAGGGAUGGUGGUUCAUUUUGUGAGACUCAAGGUGAUAUUAAAGGUAUGGUGCAAAAAUUUUAUGAUGAGCUUUUUUAUUCUCAACCUUGUGAUACUGCUACGGUUCUUGAUGCUAUUCCUCAAAAAGUUUCUUCAGAAAUGAAUGAUGACUUGUGUAAACCUUACUCUAAUGAGGAGAUCAAGACUGCUUUAUUUCAGAUGGGGCCUACAAAAGCACCGGGUCCAGAUGGUUUUCCGGCAUUAUUUUAUCAGACCCAUUGGAAUUUUCUGGAAAAGGAAAUAUGUCAAGCUGUAAGGGAUUUCCUGGAUGGAAAACCUAUCCGUAAUGGUUUCUGUGAUUCGAGUGCCUUUGUUCCUGGGCGUUUGAUUACAGACAACACUCUUAUUGCAUAUGAGUGCCUGCACACUAUUCGUAAACAACGAGCUAAGCAACCAUUCUUUGCCAUGAAGAUUGAUAUGAUGAAGGCCUAUGACCGUGUUGAAUGGGACUAUCUUCAUGGAUGUCUCUCCAAGCUUGGUUUUGGGUUAAUGGAGAACUUACUGAUCCAGUUGUACCCUCUAGAGGUAUCCGACAAGGUGACCCAAUCAGUCCUUAUUUGUUCCUCUUGUGUACUGAAGGGUUCUGGGCAGUUGGUCAAUAAGGAUAAAUCUUCUUUGUUCUUUGGGAAGCAUUGUCCAAAGCAUGUCAAACAGCGAGUUAAAAAAUUGUUGGGGAUCUCCAAUGAAGCUUUAAAUGACUACUAUCUUGGUAUGCCUACAGAGUUGCCCGUUGAUACUUGCGAGAAGUUUCGUCAGAUUAUUGCUGAUGAGUGGUGGGGCCGUGAAGAUGGGAAAAGGAAAUUGCAUUGGCGCUCUUGGGAGUGGCUUACUACACCUAAGGCGCUUGGUGGUAUGGGCUUCCGUGACAUGGCCCUUUUCAAUCUUGUUAUGCUUGCCAAACAAGGAUGGAGGUUGUUGACGGACCCAUCUUCACUAUGUGCUCGUGUUUUGAAAUGCCGAUAUUUUCCAACAUCCAAUUUCUGGAACGCAAUGGCACCAAGGUCUGCAUUUGCUACCUGGCGAGCCAUUUUGGCCGGUCGAGAAAUUUUGCAAAUGGGUGUCCAGUGGGGCAUUGGUAAUGGUGAAGAUGUUUGUAUUUUAACGGAUCACUGGAUUCCUUUAUUUCCACCGCAUCGUCUUCACCCACUUCUGCCUAUACCUGCUACUGCCAAGGUAAAAUGUCUGAUUGAUGAGGAGGCUGGUUCUUGGAAUGAAGAUUCAGUUCGGGCUUUCUUCCGUGAUGACGUGGCUGCAGAAAUUCUUCGCAUUCCUAUUAGCAGACAUGGUGGUAUGGACUUUUUAAGAUGGCCUUUUACUAAGUAUGGUGAAUACACGGAGCACAAUUACAACGACGACAUAUCCCCGAUGCUGCGUGUUGCUGUUUCUGUGGUCGUCUGGAGAGUGUGGUGCAUGCAUUUCUAUUCUGUCCGCGUGCAAGAGCCGCGUGAGUCUUCCUCAUCCAACACUAUGUGGACUCCGCCGCCGCCAGGUGUGAUUGUCAUCAAUUCAGAUGCUGCAAUUUUUUCAGAGAUUAAUAUGUCAGGGGCUGGUGUGGUGGCCCUGAACCAUGAAGGAGCAUCGCGGCCAAUUGGUAACGUAGCAACGCGCCGGCAUUGUCCUAGUAAUGUUAGCAUCCGGGGCGUUUUGGCUUUUGGCAUCGUCGGCGUUGGAUCCGAGCCGGCGGAGCGCCAUUGA